CUGGUGCAGUCGGUAAUAUCGUGUCCACUGUGAUACUUUCUCGUGUAUAUUGUACCUACACCGCAGUCGUCGCCACGCCGCGCGCCGUCCCGUAUUCGAAAAAUAAAACAGCGAAAUAUAAACGGUUUACUUAAAACAAUAUAAUAUUAUUCUCGAUUCGAUGUUCUUCUAUAAUAGUUAAUUCAAUAUCAUAAGUUAUAAUAGUAUUCAUCAGACGCGUGUGUAAUAAAAUAAAUACGAGUUUAAUUAUAGUGCAUUUGUUCGAAACCGCGUUUUGUUCUUGGACAUUCAAUUUUUUGGUUUUACCCAAUACAUUGCGUUACAACAAGCGUGAUCUUUGUAGGUAUGUCGACUCUGUAAAACGCAAUUUUUUUCCACGUCGGGAAGUAAAAAAUUACGACAAAAAGAAAAAAAGAAAAAGAGGAAAAAGCGUGUUGAUCGCCGAUUCAUGGUGGUUAUUUUGAACACGAAAUAAGUGGCUCGCACAUUCUCAACAUAUUAUGCAGUUCAGUCUGUUAACAACAUGGUCACGUCAGAUAGUAACGUUCAUUACUGUGUGUGCAGUCUUCACAGCAGGUGUACCAAUAGAAAAACCACGACCGACAGCACCACAAUGGACCACUCACAACAUGUCACUAUGGGAAGACGUAGUAUUAUUGAGCUCAGAUUCCGAUCAUCAGCCGUUGCUAAUGAUCAACCAAACUGGUGUUUACACUGCCCCAGACAUCGAAAAAAUGGAAAACGAGACAUUAAGAAAAUUUCACAUAUUAAAAGCAAAUUACACAAAGUAUUUCUAUGACACUGAUGGCGGAAAAAAUAAAGAAGAUAGCCGAUCUUCGCGGGCUGCUCUGCCUGGGUUCGUGGACAAAGCGUUACAAUUACUCAAUUUAAACCAGGUUGUGGGCGAGGUGGAAACUAGCGUCAUGUCUAAAAUGUCAUGUACCGCUUGUAAAGCUGGUGCUGGUCUACUACAACACUACAUAAAACAUGGUAAAACACGUGAUGACAUUGUAAAAAUUACCUACCAGUUCUGCACAAGCUUUAAAUUACAGACGCCUCGUGUCUGUGAGGGCAUUACUGAACUAUUUAGUGGUGAAGUGGUUUACGUUCUACAAAGAAUAAAUAUCGGGCCUGAAGAAAUCUGCAGCUUUGUCAUUGGCGACGCCUGUGGAGAUGUGUACAACCCAACACACGAAUGGGAUGUAGUUUUUCCUCCUGUUCCCAAACCCACUCCGAACGAAAUUAAAAUAUUAAAAGAACCAGUUCCUCAGUUCAAAGUUCUCCAUUUGUCUGACACCCAUUUUGAUCCAUAUUAUGAAGAAGGAACAAAUGCCGAUUGCAACGAACCUUUAUGUUGCCGUUUGACCAAUGGCCCAGCAGUCAGUCCUCAAAACCGAGCGGGGAGAUGGGGAGACUACAGGAAAUGUGAUACUCCUAAACGAACCAUAGACAAUAUGCUUCAACAUAUUGUUUCUACACACACUGACAUCGACUACAUUAUAUGGACUGGUGAUCUACCGGCACACGAUAUUUGGAACCAGACAAAAGAAGAAAACUUGAGCAUAUUGAAGGAAACUGUAGCGCAGUUACUCAAAAUGUUUCCUGGAAUUCCCAUAUUUCCAGCACUUGGGAAUCACGAAGCAGUUCCAGUGAAUAGUUUCCCACCGUCUUCGUUGGUAAACAAACCAGAGUAUGCCAUCGACUGGCUGUACAGCGAAUUGGACACACAAUGGCGACGUUGGCUACCAGGUUCCGUCAGCAGAACCAUCAAACGUGGGGCGUUCUACAGUGUAUUGGUCCGGCCUGGGUUCCGCAUAAUAUCGUUGAACAUGAACUAUUGCAACAAUAAAAAUUGGUGGCUAUUAAUGAAUAGUACUGAUCCAGUCAAAGAACUUCAAUGGUUCAUAUACGAGUUGCAGAAUGCUGAAUUUAACGGCGAAAAGGUUCACGUGUUAGGGCACAUACCACCUGGGCAUCCGGAUUGUUUGAAAGUCUGGAGUCGAAACUAUUACGCCAUAAUCUCCAGGUAUGAAAGCACAAUUACUGCUCAAUUUUUUGGCCAUACCCAUUUUGAUGAAUUUGAACUGUUCUACGAUACACAAGAUCUUGGUAGACCAGUAAGCAUAGCAUAUGUUGGUCCUUCUGUCACUCCAUACUACGAUCUCAAUCCCGGUUACAGAAUAUAUUAUGUAGAUGGUGAUAGAGAGCAUUCAACAAGAGCAGUGCUAGACCACGAAACAUGGGUGAUGAAUUUGAAAGAAGCUAAUUUAUAUGACUAUCCUAUCUGGCAAAAAUUAUAUUCUACACAAGCGGCAUAUAGUCUACCUUCGUUGAGGCCCGAGGACUGGGAUGUGUUUGUUAAUAAUUUAGCUGAAGAUCAAACUUUAUUUGAUCUAUAUUACAAGCAUUACUGGAAAAACUCUCCAACGAGACCUGCAUGUGAUGCAGAGUGUAAAAAACGUAUGAUAUGUGAUCUCAGAUCAGGCCGUUCGCAUGACCGAAAGAUCUUAUGUCAAGAAAUUGAGUCACGUAUUGAUGCUGGUUCACGGAUUAGUUGGAGUGCGUGGCUAUACAAUGGGUUCACUGCCUCGAUGUCUGUUAUCAUGUCCAUACCUCGCUACACAUACCAAAUACCUAAAUACCUACUAGGAUAUACAAGGUGAACACAAUUGUGAAGCAAUGUGAAACAAUUAAAUGGAGUACAAAUUACAGCCACGGUCAGAUCAGAAAGGUUGGAUGACAAAACAUUUAUUCUGAAACAUUUGCUCAUUACAGCGAUCAAACAAGUGAUGUGAUUAAAAGUAGGUUGCUUUUACACUUAGAGAAUAAUCAAACAACAAGCGGCCAUGGGCCACACUAUGGAUUUAAAUAUACAUACACACAACACGCACUAAUAUGUAUGUGAGAUUAUGUUUGUGUGUAUAUUAAUGACAUACUUUUUUUU